AUGAACACGCUUGAACAUGACGAUGCUCCACCAAUGUACUCCCCAUCCAAGGAAUUCAAUUCUUUGCUCGAUGAAAAGACCAAAAAUCCCAUGAUUCUUCUACCGGAGCAAAAUGAGCCCGGGUUUGCUGUUGCAUCUGCUCUCAGCCGAGGUCUGCAAGUACCAUCCAGAUCUGGAGCCUGCACAUCAGGAUUCAAGUAUCCAGACGAAAUAUCCCAUUACGGCAUCUCUGAAAGUCACUGGGCGCAGUUUACACAAGUAAUCUGCGACGAGGCUAAGCUUUCUUGUCGGCAGUGGACCACUGUGGUUGGCAAAGGCCUGGGCACAAUGGCAGUAGGCGGGCUGAUGGUCGGCAUUUUGGGCGCUAUUCCUGCGAUCUUCGUUGCCCGUCUCACCAGAAAUCGACAAGAACAACGGAAUUUAAUCUCGUCAAUGGCUGGAGCAAGUGAUGAAUAUCUUGCGCGCCAUAUCUCGCAGUGGAAUGAGACGGUUUUUCGGCCUAGGGGGGUUUUGAUUCGGGUCGAUUUGCCCGAUCAGUACUUGAGUGACAUGGAAGAGAUGGAUAUUCAUACCAGUGGCGGAUCGGCUCGGUCUGAUCAGAAGUCUCGAGAUAAGGCUGCGCUCAAGGCGAGAAUUGUGAUCAUCCCUCUGGAUGGGCCGACUUCAACGAGGCAUUCCUCAAAUUGA